UGAUGUUUUGGUGCAAUGGCAUUUGAAUGGUGCAAACAACAUUGUUCAUUCACCACUCCUUCAGUGGACAGGGAAGAUGACAAAAGGGAAAGAGGUGAUCAUGGACUAUGAAGGGACUCUGUGGCAAGGAAUCGUUCUCGAUUCAGAAUAUCUUGAAGAUUCAGAAUCGUCUGAUGAGGAAUUUGACAUCCCCCUGGCACGACUUUCUGACAAAUAUGCAGAAGCAAAACUUGGUCCUCUACCCGUAUCAUCGCCAUCACUUCCUGAAGAUUCAACAGGAUGUGGAUCUGGAUUGCCUGAACCAAUAUCCAUCGCAAGUGACCAGAUAACACAGUCUGAUGAGGAAUUUGACAUCCCCCUGGCACGACUUUCUGACAAAUAUGCAGAAGCAAAACUUGGUCCUCUACCCGUAUCAUCGCCAUCACUUCCUGAAGAUUCAACAGGAUGUGGAUCUGGAUUGCCUGAACCAAUAUCCAUCGCAAGUGACCAGAUAACACAGUCUGAUGAGGAAUUUGACAUCCCCCUGGCACGACUUUCUGACAAAUAUGCAGAAGCAAAACUUGGUCCUCUACCCGUAUCAUCGCCAUCACUUCCUGAAGAUUCAACAGGAUGUGGAUCUGGAUUGCCUGAACCAAUAUCCAUCGCAAGUGACCAGAUAACACAGUCUGAUGAGGAAUUUGACAUCCCCCUGGCACGACUUUCUGACAAAUAUGCAGAAGCAAAACUUGGUCCUCUACCCGUAUCAUCGCCAUCACUUCCUGAAGAUUCAACAGGAUGUGGAUCUGGAUUGCCUGAACCAAUAUCCAUCGCAAGUGACCAGAUAACACAGUCUGAUGAGGAAUUUGACAUCCCCCUGGCACGACUUUCUGACAAAUAUGCAGAAGCAAAACUUGGUCCUCUACCCGUAUCAUCGCCAUCACUUCCUGAAGAUUCAACAGGAUGUGGAUCUGGAUUGCCUGAACCAAUAUCCAUCGCAAGUGACCAGAUAACACAGUCUGACAGCCAUGCAGAUUCUCCGCUCCAUCCAAACAUGCAGUGUGGUCAGAGAAAUCCUGAAACAUGUGACAAUUUCAUGUGUACUGAUGAAGUUUGGGCAGCGUGUCCAGAGUGCUUGUGUUUCUUAUGCUUCCUUCAUUUUAACUUACGUGAUGAUUGCCUUUGUCAUAAUCUUGCAUUCAAUCUCAGUGAAAUUCCACUUGACAUCAGUUCAAGUGCAUCACAGUACCAAGGGCUCACCAACGAAGAAGAAAGGAACAAUGAAGACGAGGUUAUGCCGUUAAUGGAACAAGAAGAGGAAACUUUGAAAACCAAGCCUCAUUGGAUACAAGAGUUGAAGAGAACGGAGAUCAGUCGAUGUGAAUACCUUUCAGAAGAUCUCAAUCCUGAGAUCAUGUAUCGCAUGUACAAUUCAUCUACAGAAGUAGUAGAAGUCCAAUCAAGAGAUAUUGAUGAUUGGAAGUCUGUUGGUAACAGAAAGGUAUUCUGCGAGUCCGAACCUCUGAGGGUGGACAAAACCGUAGACUGGAAGAAAUUCAUGGCUAUGAAGGUCGUGAAAGGUGAAGUGGAUUCCGUGUACUUCAAGUAUUCUCACACUGAUGAAGAAUUGAUGUGA